AGUUUCACUCCGACCGCGAUGUAGUCGAAACAAUCGAACGCACAAUCAUCAUCGAUCAUGCUAGGCCGUUCGAAACGAUGACGCUGAUGACGUCACACUAUUAUGGCGCGAAGAAACCGCCUUUUGAAGCUGACCUUGGGCAUCCUGAUAGGGAUCAUAGCUUCGCAGCUGAUAGACAGCGAUUCAUCCGGUUUCUGCCACGUUGAAAAAAACAUGGAAGUGUCUCCGCUGAAGUUGAUAGAUCAGGAAAACGCUAGAUCUUCCAACAAGAAUUUGCUCUUCGUGGGUGUAAUGACAGCUGCCAAAUACCUAGAUACUAGAGCCAAGGCUGCCUAUGACACUUGGGGCAAGGAAGUACCGGGGAAAGUGAUGUUUUUCAGUUCGGAAAAUUCGUAUAGCGCCCAUGUGCCGUUAGUUGCUCUGCCUGGGGUCGACGACAGCUACCCGCCUCAGAAAAAGUCUUUCAUGAUGCUGAGGUACAUGUACGAGGAGUUCGCGGAUCAGUACGAGUGGUUUCUGAGAGCCGAUGAUGACGUUUACAUAAGGACGGAUAGGUUGGAGGAGUUGCUGAGGUCGGUUGACAGCAGGAAACCGUGGUUCAUAGGGCAGACGGGCAGAGGCACCACCGACGAGUUGGGCCUCCUCGCCCUCGACUCGGACGAGAACUUCUGCAUGGGCGGGCCGGGCGUGCUAAUGAGCAGGGAGACGCUGCGUCGGGCCGCCCCGCACGUCGAUCGCUGUCUCGCCCAUCUCUACACCACGCACGAGGACGUCGAGCUGGGCAGGUGCGUUAGGCGGUACGCUGGAGUCGCUUGUACCUGGUCCUAUGAGAUGCAAGUUAUUUUGUAUCACAAUCAAAGUGGCCCAGCAGCGUUUUCUGGUGAUCUCAAGCAGAAAGAAGUUCACAAAGCUAUCACCCUCCACCCUGUAAAACAACCCCAGAACAUGUACAGGCUACACAAUUAUGUCAAGGGUCUGAAGAUCCAACAGGACCAGCAGGAUAGUAUCCUGCUGCACCGAGACAUAGCUAUGUCGAUGCAGGAAUUGGGAUAUCGAAUCAGCAGUUUAGACACAGCUGAUUUAGCUGAAAAUGUGCCACUAUUUCCUGUCGGAAAAGGUUCCGAUGGAUACCUUGGAGACACAAGUAUUUUGGGAGCCCCGUCUAGUCUGAAUAGGUACACUCCACGUGACUUGAAAGACGUUUUAGAAUGGGAAUUGAUCUCAAAAACCAUCUACUCGCACAGAGAUGGAAAUCCCAGAAGGAGAAUCGGUACAUCCAUGAAAGAGGGAUUGAACGACAUCAUCAUAGAGGUUAUGGAAUUAAUUAACGCUUAUUCGAAUCAAAGAGGCAGAAUCAUAGACUUCAAGGACAUUCUCUACGGGUAUUGGAGGCUGGAUCCCAUCUAUGGAGUCGAUUUGAUAUUGGACCUUCUUCUCGUGUACAGAAAAUACAGGGGACACAAAAUGACAGUCCAAGUCAGGAGGCAUGCUUAUGUACAACAAACAUAUACGGGAAUAUUCGUGAAAGAAAUUGACACGAGGAACACUACCGGAAGCCUAGUCAGCGCCACAGAGUCCCUACCGGUACACAAGAAGCUCGUCAACCAACUAUUUUCCAAAAUAAGCGAAAAACUCCAGCCAAUCCUCAGCAUCCACAACAUCACCACCGACACGAAUAUCAACUUUAUCCUUCCUCUGAGUGGAAGAUUCAACACCUUCAGACGUUUCAUGAAAACCUACGAAGAGGUCUGCCUAAAAGAAAUGGAAGCUACCAAAUUGUACGUUAUCUUGUACAAAGAAGAGAAUUCCCUCGAGGAUUUCCAGAAAACCCUGGAUCUAGUAGAAGAUCUGAGACAAAAAUACCCUUCCAGUGUGUUGAGGAUCAUUUGGACUGAAGAAAAGUUUGCCAGAGGCAAAGCCUUGCAACUAGGAGUAGAUGAAGUAGAAGAAGAUGGUCUGAUGCUCUUCAUAGACGUCGACAUAGUUUUCGACAAGCACAGCCUUCAAAGGAUGAGAAGAAACACAGUUCUGAACAAGAAAAUCUAUUUCCCCAUAGUGUACAGUCUUUACAAUCCCAAAUUCCUCAAUGAAACGCUCAGCGAAAGAGUAAAUCCAGUUACCCCUGACGUCAUCAACGAAGACAACGGUUUCUGGAGACAAUUCGGUUUCGGGAUAGUGAGCAUAUACAGGAGUGACUUUAAAAAUUUAGGCGGCUUCGAUUUGAUGAUAACAGGUUGGGGUUACGAGGAUGUGACUUUGUUUGACAAUGUGGUGAGGUCUGGUUUGAAAAUUGUGAGGACGCCUGAUCCGGGUUUGGUACACGUGUUUCACCAAGUCAAGUGCGACGAUAGCUUGGAUGCCGAACAGAAAAAUAUGUGCCUAGGGACCAAGGCUAGCACCUUAGGGUCGCUUAGGAAUUUGCAGAAUAUUUUUUUGAAAUACAAGGACUUGUUUAGGUAACAGUGACUAAACUUCUCAAUUUAUCUGUCUGUGAUUCCAUGUUAUUUAUAAUGAGAAUGGUAUAAGACUAUUUGAUUAUUGUGUGAUGUCAUAGUUUUUAAAAUGUGUGUAAUGUGAAUUUAUUCAAGAUGCCAAAUUUCUUCUUCCAUUUUAACUGGAGUUCCUCAGUGGAUUUGACGUUUUUGUAUAUUUAGAGUGCAAACACUCUGAUUCCUAAUGAGAGUUAGUCAUCAUAGCC